UCAAGGGUUACUAAUUUCAAAUGAAGUUUACUAAUAAAUCAUAACUUUUUUUAUGAAUGCAAUUUGUUGGCUCUUCGAUUGUCCAAUUAAUAUCAGAUAAUUAACUGCUAUUAAUUAUCAGCCAGUUAUUACCUAAAGGUAUUAUUUUCUUGAUUUUCUUGAUUCACUGAACUAAUGUUAGUUCUCAUCCUUUCUUUGUAUCAAGUCUAACUCAUUCUGCAUCAAACUUUUGUUGUACUCCUUGCAUUUCUCACAGCUUCUGAUUACACCUAAUGUUAUAACUCAUUGUUGAUUUUAAAAUGAAAAAUAUAAUUUUUGUAACAAUUUACGUUCUUGUGUUAAACUUAGUUCAUUCAAGUGUCAUAAGAGACGAUGAGCUUUAUAUAAUCUACGAAAAGGGUCAAAGUGUUUAUCUGUACAAUGUAACUUUAUUCACGACAUCGGAUCCAUCCAAGAAAUUUGAAUCUGUUGAAGGACAAUUCUUGAUCAAUCUUGAAGGGAAUACGGAUUCUACUUUUGAUGUAAAUAAUUAUCUUCCCCUUGACCAAAAGUCUAAUAGCAUAAGUUUCAAUGAGAGUUACAUGUUUUUGUUAACAACCACACAUUCAUUGGAAACAAUCAACAAAAUCAGUAUAAAAUGGACUGGAAAUGAUCAUGCAAUGUACCUUAAUCAUACUGUCUAUGUUGAUAAAAUUGUUUUGCAGUUAGUGACGGAAAGAAUUCCGAUUCCGACUAAAAUAUUCUGUGGACAAAAUGAUAAACCAACUGCACUCGAACCAGAUAAAGGUGAAUUGAUGACUCAAUGUUCUUUUGGUCCACUUAAUUGGAUUCCUUGGUUAAACUUCAACAUCCCAAGUAACAUCAAGGCAAAUCUGGUUCAACUACAUAUUGUACAGCAUUAAACUUUCUGGUAUCUUGGACAUUCCAGAAUUUAUUCUUGAUGAAAUUUCAUCAAUAAAGUCGACGAAAUUUAAUAUUUACUCACUAGACUAAUUUCAGAGCUGGAUGGCUCAUUAAUAUGAGAAAUAAUUAAAGUCAAUGAUUUCAACACUAAUCUAGAUCAACAUUAACUAACGAGUUUGUAAGCCUUAAGGUAAUUUUGUACCUCAAUUGAGUCAAUUUUACUCUCUGACAGAGAGAGUCUCUGUGCUCUGCAAACCAGCUGAAGAAGCAACCAGUUGCUUCAACAGUCGGCUUAAAACCGGUUUCUUUGUAAUUUUUUUAUUGUGUUACCUCUUUACUUCUUUAUACACAAGAUAUCAUUUUAAGAAAUAUUUAUUGUUAUUAAAUGUAUCGACCUUCGUCCAUGUUUGAAGUACCAAAAAUUGUUUUAAACAAUGUCUAAUGUUAUUAAUAAAUUCACCCGAAGGAAACCAAUCCAAUCGGAAGAGGAUAAGACUCAGCUUAAGCGAUGUUUAAAUUCAUUCGAUCUCAUUUCAUUAGGUGUUGGCUCUAGUUUAGGUCAAGCUGUCUAUAUAAUAAUUGGUCAGAUAGUUAGUCGAAAAGCUGGUCCAUCAGCUUUAAUCUCAUUCGGCUUUGCUGGCUUAGCCGCGUUUUUAUCAGCAAUGUGUUUUGCUGAAUUUGGUAGUAUAACACCAAAAGCAGGAUCAGCUUAUAUUUACGCAUACGUUACUGUUGGUGAAUUGGUUGCCUUCACAAUUGGCUGGAAUCUUUCACUUGAAUAUCUUGUCGGCACAGCAUGUUCUGCUCGUGGUUUAUCUGAAUACCUUGAUGGAUUCCUAGGUGGAGCAUUUUCCAACAUCUUUAAAAAUUAUUUUCCAAUCAAUAUUCCGUUUUUUUCUCCAUAUUUCGACCCAGUAUCAUUUAUGACAGUUUUAGCUGUUUCUGUAAUUAUCGGAUUUGGGGUUCGAGAAUCAAUCAGAGUAAUUCAUGUUUUCAAUCUGGUCAACCUUUACGCAACCUUUUUCAUAAUUCUUUGUGGCUUGACGGCUAUUGAAUGGUCAAACUGGAGAUUACCAGAAUCAUCGAUACCAGAAGGAUACGGAGUUGGAGGCUUUUUCCCUUAUGGUAUCAAUGGAAUGUUAUCAGGAGCAGGAACAGCUUUUUGGGCUUUUAUUGGUUUCGAUUGUAUCGCAACUACUGGAGAUGAAACUGAAAAUCCCAAGAAACGAGUUCCAUAUAGCAUUUUUGCUACUGUUAUAAUUGUCGCCUCGGUUUUAUUUUUGUCCAGUUUUGUUGCAACUCUAGUUACACCUUAUUAUUAUCAAGAUACAGCAUCACCAUGGGAUGAAAUAUUCAAGAUGCUAGGCUGGUCAGGCUUUCCUAUUUUAAUUAUAACAGCUGGAGCCUUAACAAGCUUGAUUGGAGCCGUUUUUGGUGCUCUUCAUCCGCUUCCAAGAAUCCUUUAUGCCAUGUCUUCAGAUAGAUUAGUUUAUUCAUUUUUUUCCAAAAUCAAUUCUAAAACACAAACACCAUUUUUUUCAACUUUACUGGCUGGUUUUCUGGCUGCUCUUUUGGCUGCUUUGUUUGAAUCUCGGGAUCUCGCUGAUCUUGGUUCAAUUGGCACUUUAUUAGUCUACGCAAUUGUUGCCGGAGCAAUCUUAGUUUUAAGAUAUGUCGAUUUAAACGAGACGGAAGACUUGCUUAUGCCAGACGACUAUCCAAAAAGAUGGGACGAAAGAUUGAUUCGAAGUUACUUCAGACUAAAAUCAACAUCUCAUCUAAUCAUGUUUCUCCUUAAAAGUAUUUAUUUAAUGAUCUUCGUUCUGGUCACAGCUCUAUUCAUAUACCAACAGUUCAUUCCUGAAAGUUCAUUGGCUGGAUAUUUUUGCUUAAUCUUAGCAUUAAUAACAGUUUUUCUUAUAGUCGUUUUAAGUAACCAACCUCAAAAAACACGCUAUGGUAGCAAAGAUUACAUAGCUCCUCUGGUCCCCUAUCUACCAUGUUUAAGUAUUUUCGUAAAUCUUUACUUGAUGAGUCGAUUGACUCUUUUGACUUGGUCUCGAUUUACCAUUUGGACCCUUUUCGGUGCUAUUAUAUAUUUUACUUUUGGAAUCAAAAACAGCAUUGGAUAUCUAAAAAAAUCAAACAGUUCAGAUGAUUUUGAAAAAUAUACUCGUAGGAAAAGCUAUGGAACAUUGGAACACUAAAUUUCACCUGAAUUUGAGUCAAAAUCUAAAAUGUGACUUUUUUAAUAUAAUUUUUGACCAAAUUGUACUUUUUGUUGAUUAUUACAAUUUAGCUGAUAUUUUUUUGUUUAUCA